UUCGUACUUUGCUUACUUACAAUGAUGAUCUGUCAUCUACUCUGACAGAUUAACCGUAUUAUAUAUUAUAUUGGCAAGAAAAUAUCAAGUAAUUCACAAUGAUUAUUGUUAAAAAAAUAAUACAUUUUUAACUAUCUCACAUAUUGAUCAUAAAAUACUAAUAAUAAGUGCAUAUGACUAAAUAGGAGUACAAUAUUUUAGACUUGAGACACAAAUGGUAUAUCAGCGUGGAAAUCAGAAGGAAGGUUCACCCCAUUAUGUAUUUCUUUAUUCGGAUGACGAAAAUAGCGGCGAUGAAGAAAAUUUUCCUUUGCAACCGCGCACUAGUACUACAUCUUCCCCGAGGAAAGUGGAAGUGAUAAAUGUGAUAGUUAAACCAGAGGAUACAUUGCAAGCAUUAGCACUACGAUAUAGAUGCACGAUAUCAGAAUUGAAAAGAAUCAAUAAGAUUCACAAAGAGAAUGAAAUAUAUGCUCGGAGACACAUUAAAGUGCCAAUUCAACCGUUUUCUAUUUUAACAGAAAGUUUGGAUCAAACUUCAAGAGUAAGCGAAGAAACAUUAGAUAAUAAUACUGCACAAUCUGAAUCAGAUACUAUCACAAGAGUGCAACCAUUAAUAAAUUUAGUAAAUGUUUCUGUUCCUAUUGAUCUUCCCAAAACAGAAAUUAAUAAUAUUAUACUGAAUUCAGUAUGCGAACCUUUAGCAACAUAUAAAUCAAAUAACAUACCAGAAACAUCUCACACAGAAUACGAUCAAUUACUUAAUUCCACAGAAAGUGAGGUAAUAGAAUCACAUUUCGUGGACACAUAUAAAUGUUCUGGUGAUGAUUGUGGGUUGUCGUGGACUCAACUUUUGGGAGUUUCUCUACUCUUAGGUUUUGCUGGUCCUAUUAUAUACAUACUAUAUAUAACUGAAUAUUCUUCUAAGACAAACCAUUAAAGUAACAUAAAAUAUAGAAAUAUAGUAAUCUCUCCAUUUAUGCGAGUAAUUGGUUCCACAAAAACAGUAUGUAAAUAAAAAUCGCAUAAAUGUAAUCAUAAAAAACCAUUUGCAUUGUGGUGACAUAUGGGUUCUAAUAGCUCAUAAAUAGAAGGACUACUGUAUACGCAUACAGUAGAAUAUUUAACAUAUGUUUGUUGUAAUAGAAAUUUGUGGAUUAAUAUACAAAAUGCAUUGGUUUAAAAAUUAGAUUAAUAUAAAUAUUGCACGGAUAAAAAUUCACUGACGCUUUAUAAUAUAUAAUUCUAUGUUCAUUGAUAAAAUUGAGGUUCGACAUGAUGAAAAGUUAUAAAAAAAUAUAAAGCGAGUCAGUGUACAAGAUAAUUAAUUUUCAAUAAUCGUAUAAAAAAA